AUGGAAUCAAGUUUUGAUUGUCCCAUUUGUUUUGACACCUAUACUUCUGAGCUCAAGCCUCUUAUUCUACCAUGUGGUCAUAAUGUUUGCAUUAAUUGCUUAUCAAGAUUAUCUAAAGAAUCUCUAUGCAAAUGUCCCACAUGUAGAAAAAGUCACUUUAGAAUUAAUCCAAGUAAUCUUACAAUUAAUUAUGCCUUAAUCCAAUCUCCAAAUUCAAAUUCCCCAAACCGGAAUAAUAAUAGAGGAAAUCCUAACGUGUUAAAAGACAUUCAGUACUAUUAUCAAUACCAAGCUUUCCUCACUCAGAUUUCUAAAGAAAUUAAAAGUGAAUAUGAAAGAUCUCAAGGGCUAAAUAAAAAUUGUAGAGAUUCAUAUAAUGGCUCUAUUGAUUUCCUAAUCAAUUCACUUCAAAAUCUCCAAAAUAAAUGAAAUAAGAGCAUUGAUGAAGCUGAAAAGAAAAAUAUGGACAAUUAUAAUGAAAUAAAAGAGCAAAUUAAUAAAACUUCAACCAAAAAUGAUCAGCUUUUGGAAGUCCUGAAUGAAGCAUAUAAAAAUAAUGCAGCCAUUGAUGCAAACUCUGAAAUUGUUUUAGCUUCUGAUAAGGAGGCCUUGAUAUUUGAUGUUUCAUUUGGACAUUUUAAUAAUGAAGCAAAUCUUGAUACGGCGUUUUCUCAUAUUUUGCAUGAGAUAGGAGGUUCACUUGUAUAUGAGAAUGCUAACAUUUCUAAAAGCUAUGAAAAAGAGCCUAAAGAUCAGAGCUCUCCUGGGAACUUAAAUAGCAAAGCUUCACCUGCUGAAUCCCCAAUUAAGUGGUCAGAUCUUCGCAAUCCUCCGAAAUUUAAUCCUUGAAUGGAAGAAGAUUAUCACCGUAAAGAACAAGGAAAACCAAUUACAAUAAAAAAUCGGUUCAGAUGGUUUACUCAAGCUGAUUUUGGAGCGCAUGAAGCACUGCCUGAUUGGGCAAACUCUAAAAUAAAUGAAGAGUAUUCAAAAGGAAAUAAAACAGCUUUUAUAUAUACUAUUUUUUAUAAUUAAUUUAUAAUUUUACUAACAGCCUUUUGCUUUAAAUUAAAUAAUUUUAAGGAAAUAAAUGUUUUUCAAUUUAAAUUGUAAUGCAAUUAGGUAUAUGAUUUCAAGAAGAGACUGCAAUUUAAAAUAGAUUUCAAUCAGAUGGAGUGUUUUAGAUAUAAUUUCAAAACUCAAGAAUUUGGAAAAGCAAGAAAAUUAGUUCCUCUUAAUUAA